AUGAUCCCCGCUUUCCAAUCCCGAGUCGGAGUUCGGUUACAAUCGACUCUCCGCUCACCAAUCUCACAACGGCUGCAGUGGUUGCCCGUGUCGGUUCCUUCUUCGCUUCUUCCUCUGGUGUUUCUGGCCCUCGUUCUCCUCCACUCCGCGUCUCACGCUGAAGCGUGUCCGCGGCGCAUGCUGGCCGAGCCGCAGUCUCCCCUCUCGGACCUCGUUAAGGACGACAUUGUCUCGCUUAUUGCGGAGCUCCACGAUAUCGAUAAGCACUACUCGAUCAUAACGGCGUACAUGGAGCAGCUAGUGGCGGUUCCUAACGCGGAUUUCUCAUGGGGCGUGAACACCACGUGGCUGCUCCCGACGGACAAGGCCAUCAACACGGCUCGCAAAAAGGACAAGUCCUUCACGGGAACCAUCUCCCCCUGCCAUUUUAUCCAAUAUCGCCGCGCGUACAGCCGGCAGGAGUGCGGCGAGCCGCUUCCGCUCGUCCUCCUCCCCGGCAACUGGACAGCAGCGGCUGCAGUUGGAGGAACUGGUGCGGAUUUUGGCGGGACCGUGUGUAUUGUGAAGCGGUAUUUGCCGCCGCCCACUCGCGUGGUGAUUGGGAGUGUGGACGAUAAGAAGACAAGGGGAAUGAUUGUCCACCCGAGUUUGUAUGAAGGAAACUACAUCAGUGCACACGGUGUUGAUUCGCUGAUUUUGCCUUGA